GCGGUGGGAUUUGCCUCGGUAAGGAGUCUGUAGGGCGGUGGGAUUCGCCCCCCCCUGGCUGGGGUGUCUGUGUGAGGGGGAGGGACGCGCGCACUUGGCCGCUCGUGUGCAGCAGCUCUGCAAAGGGGGGCUCUGGGGUUCGGCCCCCUAAGCGAGGGGAAGCUGCUGUGGCUUUGCAUCGAGUUACGUGUGUGUGAGGCUCUGCAAGAGAGCAACCACCCCCCACUCAGGGCAGGGCUGGGGGCUGAGCCCUCUCCCUUCCCACACUACCCCCUCCAACGAGGGUUUGGGACUAAGCCAGGAGAACCAGGGUGGCCCAAAGAAGUGACAGCGAGCCCCAAAACCACCCGCUGAGGUCAAACCCCUCUCAAGCCGUGGAUGCUGUGUCUGUGGAGAUGAUGCCACCCGAGGAGGAGAGCCCAGACGGCGGUGGGGAAGGGGACAGGGACCGUGGCCUCGUCCUCCUGCAAGCCUUGAAGAGCAGCAGCACCCGAAAGCAGGGCUGUGACCCCUUUGCCCAGACCCAGCGCAGCAAACUGCAGCAUCGCCGGGCACGGAUCAACCAGCAGAUCAACAAGGAGAUGAGGAUGAGAGCAGGGGCAGAAAACCUUUUCAGGGCCACCAGUAACCACAAGGUCAAAGAGACAGUCGCCUUGGAGCUGAGCUACGUGAACUCCAACCUGCAGCUGCUGAAGGAGGAACUGGAGGAGCUGAACAGCAGUGUAGAUGUGUACCAGAAUGACAGCGAGUCCAUCAGCGUCCCCAUGAUCCCUUUGGGCCUGAAGGAGACGAAGGAGCUGGAUUUGCUGGUGCCACUGAAGGAUUUCAUCAGUGAGCACUAUGGAGAGGAAGGUGUCUCGUUUGAAAAGGAAAUCAAAGAGCUGAUGGAGCUGAGGCAGGCGAUGCGCACCCCAAGCCGCAACGAAGCCGGGCUCGAGCUCUUGAUGGAGUAUUACAACCAGCUCCACUUCCUGGACAGCCGGUUCUUCCCACCCACCAAAAGCUUGGGUGUCUUCUUCCACUGGUAUGACUCUCUGACGGGGGUGCCAUCCCACCAGCGGGCACUGGCCUUCGAGAAGGGCAGCGUCCUGUUCAACCUGGGAGCGCUGCACACCCAGAUCGGGGCUCGGCAGGACCGUGCCUCCCUGCCAGGCCUCAACCAGGCCAUUGAUGCCUUUCAGAAGGCAGCUGGUGCCUUUAAUUACUUGAAGGAGAACUUCUCCAAUGCCCCCAGCCUGGAUAUGAGUGCUGCCUCCCUGCACAUGCUGGUGCAGCUGAUGGUUGCCCAGGUGCAGGAGUGUGUCUUUGAGAAGACGACCUUGCUGCGUGCCCAGCACGACUUCCUCGCCAGGCUGCAGCUCGCCCAGGAGGCAGCAAGGGUUGAAGAAGUCUACUCUCUGGUGCACCAGACCAUGAGGCAGCCCCAUGUGAAGGAUUACGUUCCCUUCUCUUGGACCACCAUGGUCCACGUCAAGUCGGAGCAUUUCCAAGCCCUCUCCCACUACUUUGCUGCUGUUGCCCUCUGCGACUGCCCCCCACCGUCAGAUGCUGAGCUGCCAGAGCAGGGGAAGGCUUUCAUCCAGUUCCACACCACAAUGCCAGAGGGCCCAUCGCUCCGUGUCCUGCUGCAGGACCCUGAGGAGAGGAGGAAGCUGGGCAAAGCUCACCUGAAGAAAGCCAUCAUGAAGCACGAAGAGGCCAUGAGGAUCCAUGGCUUGUGCAAGAUCCUGAGGAAGAUGGACAUCCUGCAGGAGGUCCUGUCCUUCGCCCACAAACGCUCCCUCGGCAAGUACUCCGAGAUCGACCACGAGGAGGAUUUCUUUGAGACUGGAGAGGCUCCAGACAUUCACCCCAAAACACAGCAGAAAGCAGAGAUAAAACCCCCCAACUUCUCCCAGGUGAAGGUGACCGACCUCUUCCACAGGCUGGGCCCUCUGUCAGUGUUCUCAGCCAAAAACAAGUGGUACCCAGCAAGGAGAGUGCACCUGAGGAGAGGAGAGAAUGGCUUUGGGUUCACUCUGAGAGGAGACUCCCCCGUCCUCAUCGCUGGUGUCAUCCCUGGGGGCUGUGCUGCUGAAGCUGGCCUGAAGGAGGGAGAUUACAUCAUCUCAGUGAAUGGGAAGGACUGCAAGUGGUCCAAGCACGCCGAGGUUGUGCAGCUGCUGAAGAGCACAGGGCAGGAGGGUGUGGAGAUUGGGGUGAUAACCCUGCAGGGCUGCGAAGGACCCCGAGCUGCAGACAAGAAGGCAUCAGCCAUGUCCACAGGCAGUGGGAUGCUGAAGAGCAACAAGGAGAACAGCAGGAAGAGCCUGAUGAACGGCAAAGGUGCCAGCACCCUGCUGGUCUGGAGCAAGAAGAGCAAGAGGAGCAAGAAGAGCAGCUACGGCAUCCCCUUCACCGCCGUGGGAGACAACGAGGCCAUGUACUGAGGCGACUGCUGGCAGAACAAGGUCGUGUCCCACCAGCUCUGGGGUUGGCUACCUGGGACUCCCUGAGGGCAAGCACUGGUGGCCAGUCCAGGCUGCACUGGACCCUCCUCACCCUGGGAACACAGCCCUGGCCGGAUCCUCUCCGAAGGGCUGCAGGACGCACGGUGCCGACCUCCUCCAUCCCCCAGCCCCUGUGUUACACCACCCUCAGCUACACAACGUGGGCAAACACUUGCUUUAGUCUUUCACCUUUCUGUUUCUUUGCUCUUUAAGGGUUGGGGGGAGCUUCAGGAUAAAGGAGGGACUGGUUUGUGUCUUCUACUCCAGGCGAGGAGCUGCCAAACCAAACCCCAGCCGUUCAAGCAAAAGCUGAAACCUGUAGUGUCCCCAAGGCUUCUUCUGCAAGGUACAAAGUGGCCAGUGCUGCCACCACUCCCCAGGAGCUGAAUCAUUCAGCAGCUCCAGCUGGAGGUCACCUUCCACCCCUCUUUAAUGAGGAAGGGGGGGAUUUUGGGCAUCAUGCUGACCCCAUCGUGGAGCACUGUGCCGUGUGUCCCUGCCACGCUCCCUCUGAGGGAUGUCCCAGUGACAUGGGUUGAACUUUGGAUGACUUGGACUCAUUUGUUGGUUUUUUUAGUACUUUUGGGGUUGUUGUUUGGUUUUUAACAGCCAGCCAGGUGAUGCCAGCAAACACAGCCCAGCUGCACAGCCUGCUUCUUCAGAAGCAAAGGGAAAGGCUGGACGUGCAGUCCUUGGUGUUCCUUUAAUCAGUAGAGGUGGAUUGCCCUAAAUAUGUGAGUAGAUUAAUAGCUAAGAGCCUCCAGGGCUUUGGUUUUGUGGUUCUUUUCUUGGUAUGAGAUUAAAAUCCUCCAGAUUAUUAAAGUACUACAUUUCUGCUGGUGUUGGAUCUUGCACAUG